AUGCAUAUAGGUUUAGGCCGACAUAAAACGAAGGAUGUUGGUCGAAUUGUGGGGUUAGAAGUUCUCCGAAAUAUCAAUGAACCUACAUUUGCCUCUUUAGCAUAUGGGUUUGAGGAGAACAACAAAAACAUCGUUUUGUUUGAUCAUGGAUGUGAAUACCUUGACAUGGUUAUUAAGGUGCCUGUUAAUAUUUUCAAAAGGAUAAUUAAUGAAGAUACUGCCAAACCUGAUUUGAAUUACACUGGCUUAGAUGGAGAAAUUGGUUGCAUGGUGAAUGGUACAAGGAACCGAUGUUUAUCAAGGGAAGAAAAAUUUGAAGGAAAGUCGAAUGACACUCAUAACAGUAGAAAAAUUGGAUGGUGCUGCAAUUCCAAUCGAUAUCUUACUUGGAAGCUUUUGGAUGUGACAGCUUUGUUACUUGGUCUAGAAACUCUAAGUGGUGUUACGACCAAAAUCGUUAUGAGUAACACUGCAUUUCCAACCUCUAAAUUAGAAGUGUUUUCAACAAUUGUGGAGGAAAUUGAAGUCAAAAUUGACAUUGAUGUUUUAGUGCAUCGAGAGUUCAAGAGUUCAAGAGAAAUAACAUGCAAGAUUGCAUCUAAUCUUCCUAAAUUUUUUGAAGUUCUAAAGUGUUUGGCUAAGUUUCCUUCUAGGGCUAUUUGUACCAUUGAAGAAUUGGGAGAGAACAUUGUUGUUAGUGCUAAAGAACUCUACCUUGACUACUGUCUCAAUGAUUUACAAAAAGAUUUUAGAAGAGGCAAUCAAAUCAUUCCAGCUGCAGUCACUGCUACUUUCGUAUAUGCUUGUCACCCAAGUGUGGAGAAAUUUGUUCACCUAGUAAUGCUAAUAGAGAUUGAGCUUACUGAUUCUGUUACCAUCUUCUAA